AUGCACAGGCAAAGCACGCUCACCAACGUGUCCCACUCCAGGGCAGCUGUUGAACUCGACAAAUCCGUGUGCACCUUUUUCAACGCCUUCACGUAUUCUCGUGUCCCCAAGUCAAAGAUACGUUUGUCAGAGUUAGUCUUGCCAAAGUACACCGCUGCCAGUGCCCGUAUAGCAAGAGAUCGUGUUGAGGAAGAAGAGGGGAGUGAUUCGAGGUUGGUCAUUAAUGGUAUGACUCCCUCGAUCUUCGAGAGGAGAUGA